ACCACUAUGAGAAAUUUAUAUGAGGAGUGAUUUCUUUGGUUAGCAGACGAGCCCGUCAACAUUAAAUUUAGCCUUCACCGUGUUUUUGGCAAAUUAAUUUGUUCAAAUUCAGUACGUGACGGUUGGAAUAAGCUGUGAUACAUUCUGCCAUUGAAGUGAACCUUCGUGCUUCGACGGACAAGCAGCGUCAGUGAAUUAAAAUGCAGGACCCCAAUGAAGACACAGAAUGGAAUGACAUCCUCCGAUCGAAAGGAAUCUUACCUCAGAAAGAGAAAGAAGUGACAGAAGAUGACAUUGUUAAUUUGGUUGAACAAACUGUCAAAGCAAAACUGGGCAAUGGUGAGAAGGCAAUUGAAGACCGCGAUUUGGAUGAACUAGAUGAGCUUGAAGAUGAAGAAGAUGAUGCUGUCUUGGAAGAGUACCGUCGGAAGCGUAUUGCUGAGAUAAAAGCUCUUGCUCAAAGAUCGAAGUUUGGAGCAGUACGGGAAAUCAGUGCAGUUGAUUAUGUUUCUGAGGUGAACAGCGCAGGUGAAGGUAUAUGGGUGGUUUUGCAUCUCUAUAAACAAGGUAUUCCAUUAUGCGCCCUUCUCAACCAACACCUUGCAGAACUUGCAGCAAAAUUCCCUGCAACUAAAUUCUUAAAAAGCAUCUCUACAACAUGCAUCCCGAAUUAUCCUGACAAGAACUUGCCAACCAUGUUCAUCUACCAUGAAGGAGAGAUGAAGCAACAGCUUGUUGGUCCCAUUGCUUUCCGAGGGAUGGGCAUAACUGUUGAAGAAUUGGAGUGGAUGCUGGGUCAGACAGGUGCUGUCGAUUCAAAUAUAUCUGAAGAUCCUAAACCAAAGGUGCGUGAUGUUAUGUUCCAAUCCCUUCAAUCACAGAAAGAUGAAUGCAAUGACUGGUGAUACCAGUGGAUUUUGGAACUAUUAUUUUGAUCAAAGAUGCAUGUAUUAUAUGACAAAACAUUCACUGGGCUUCCAACCCAAUCAUGUCUAUUUUCUAUCAUAUUUUUUCUAACAUUAGUAUUUAUAUAACAUAAUAUUAUGAUAAAUUAUUGUUUUUCAUAUUGUUAUCUCAAUUCUUAGAGAUCUUUAUGAACUUGACUUGUUUUUAUAUUUUUAGCUCACACAGUAUUGUUAAAGGUGACACUCCUGAGUCUCAUUGUCAGCUCAACUUUUGUUAAAGUCUGUGUUCUCUUGAAACAAAAAUAAUCGCAGCUGCUCGGCUUUUCAGCAUAGCAACUUGAAAAGUGUUCCUAAAAAUAUAUGUUUGAUUCAUGCAAUAAAUUUGCAAAGACUGUUUUGCAACCAAUGCAUA